AUGUCUUCCAACAAGAUCACAUUUUUAUUGAACUGGCAACCAGCUCCAUACCACAUUCCCAUCUUUCUGGCUAGCCAGAGGGGCCUUUUCAAAGAACAAGGUUUGGAUGUUGCUCUCUUGGAACCUACCAAUCCAUCGGACGUUACCGAAUUGAUAGGUUCCGGUAAAGUCGACAUGGGCUUGAAAGCUAUGAUUCAUACCCUGGCUGCUAAAGCGAGAGGCUUUCCAGUCACUUCGGUUGCCUCUUUGUUGGACGAACCCUUCACUGGUUUAUUGUACAUGGCUGGCCGCGGCAUCACCGACGACUUCCAAUCCCUCAGAGGUAAGAAAAUUGGGUACGUUGGUGAAUUCGGCAAAAUUCAGUUGGACGAACUUACCAAGCACUAUGGUAUGAGCCCCUCGGACUACACUGCCGUCAGGUGUGGUAUGAAUGUUGCCAAAUACAUCAUCGAAGGCAAGAUUGACGCUGGUAUCGGUAUUGAAUGCAUGCAGCAAGUCGAACUGGAGGAAUACUUGAAGAGAGAGGGUAAACCUGUUACUGAUGCCAAAAUGUUGAGGAUUGACAAGCUGGCUUGUCUCGGCUGUUGCUGUUUCUGCACGAUUCUCUACAUCUGCAACGAUAAGUUCUUGGCUGCCAACCCAGAGAAGGUUAGAAAGUUCUUGACAGCUGUUAAAAAGGCUACUGACUAUGUUUUGGCAAGCCCAAUUGACGCGUGGAAAGAAUAUGUCGAUUUUAAACCGGAAUUGGAUACCGACAUGAGUUUCAAGCAAUACCAAAGAUGCUACGCUUACUUCUCUUCGUCCUUGUUCAAUGUCCACCGCGACUGGAACAAGGUUACCGGCUACGGUAAGAGACUAGAAAUAUUGCCAAUUGAUUACAAGGCUAACUACACCAAUGAAUACCUAUCCUGGGAGGAGCCUAAUGAAGCCGAAGAUCCUUUAGAGGCUCAAAGACUUAUGACCGUUCAUCAAGAAAGCUGCAGAGACAACGGCGGGUUCAAGAGAUUAAAUGUUCCGCUCAAGACUUAG